AUGAGCUUAGCGUGUCCAUGGACGGUGUGGAACCCCCCCGGGUCUCGAGCCUUCAGUGCCCAAAGACUUUCUCUACCCUUUUACUGUGAAUCUCUCUCUCCCUCUCUCUCUCUCUCUCUCUCUGUCGACUCUUAAACAGCUUCCAGUGGUUGAAAAACCACAGAUCACAACGUGACCAAGCACGCAAGAAAAUAUGCUGAUGUCUAGUAAAUGGAAGACAACGAGCAAAUAAGAAGAAUAACGCCAAGAAAAAAGAACAGCCCACCCACAUACCAAACCAGAGCCGAUGGGGAAACGCAGCAAAGAAGAACAACCACAACAGAAGGAGAGAGCAACAUAACACAGAACAACGAUGACUACGGCGGCUGCUUUCCCUUUCGCUACUCACUCAGCCAAGCAGCAUCUACAGGCCUUAUUACCACCACAAAAGAGGGGGAAAGGGAGCUGAGGGAGGAGGCGAAUAGUGAGCCACCGUCAUCCCUCACCCAGGGACUAUUAAUCCAUCCAUCCCCUAUCCUCACCCCGGCUCGUCGAAGCACUGCCGGUGCUACGUGGCCGCAGCCUUGUCUCCCGCUUUCCACUUCAUGGCCCUCUUUGCCUGCCUCUCCACCGCCGUCACACCUCGUCCCCUCUGCUGCGUCCUUGGUCUUAUGGGACAAGGAUAAGAACCAGGACGAGAAAGCCCCACUGGUUGCCGCCACCGACGGUGAAUCGGCAUCGUCAGAGGCCCCACUAGUUCACCGGCCGAACCUCCUUGUGGCCGGCUGGCCCUGAUAUGGCCAUGGUCACCCCACCGCCUGCUGCUGAGGAGCAGAGUGGACGACCUGGGGGCGACGUAUUAGUGCUCCUCGAGCUCCUGGUGAGGUCCUCCUCUUCUUCCUCCUCCAAUCCGCCUCAGUAAGCAUACUGACACUGGCUGAGGUCCUCCCCCGUCGCCUCUCGGUCAUCCACCGGCGCCGACAAUGGCAUAAUCCACUAGGCCCUUAGGAGUAGGCGUCCGGGAUCCGGUGAGGGAGGAGGCGUAUAGGCAAAAGAAAAGUUUGUUGUCUUUUGGUGUCGUUUCUAUGUCUAGGUUGCCAAAGAUCCGAUUUUUUCAAGGGACGGUGCCGAUAUGUACGUGGACUCUAAUAUUAGCUUUACACAGGCAAGAACUUUUUCUUUUUGUUACUCUCCUCUUCGAAGAAGCACAAGUGAGAAAAAAAAUUAUUCCCCUGGGAAUCAUUAUAAACCAGCAUGCUCUCUCUCUUCAGAAAAGACUGCAGUAUGUGAACUCAGUGUUCUGUUCAGUGACUGCUUGAUUUGAUGAUGUCUCAACACUAGCAAGAUGUCUACUACCUUCAACUUUCGAGCUUUACUUGCAUCUCUUUCGAUCUAACUUAGCUCAAAAGAAUCUUAUGACUUCAAAUGUUCAUAGCAGUAUGUGGGUUUUGUUCUGAAUGAUCGGCCAUUUGUGGAUUUACAAGAUAAAUAUUUUUUACCAUAUUUCAUGUAAAGUAUUAGUUUUUACCAAUAGAACCUUAUCAAGUCAAUUCAGUUAGUGUAUUUAUGUUUAUGUUUGGUAAUAAUUAUUGCAUCUUUUGUCGUUUCACGUUUGCUUUAUCUCUUUGGGUUCCAUCGCACACUGAUUUAAACUGGUGAUUAUGAUUAUUAGUUGGUGAGGAGAGUAUUGGCAUCCUAAUCGUUUUUAUUGGUGGUUAUAUUGAGCAACAUCUUGGAUGAGUGUUGUAGUUGCGAGAUAAGUAAUACUAAGUAAUAUGAGUGAUUGAUACUAGUGGUUAUAAUCUUUCCGUGUUAGCACAAAUGGCCACUAGUAGGGCAUUUUCUUUUCGAGUAGUUUUUGGGUAGCUUAUACUUGUCAGGUAAUGAUAAACCACAGAGAUAAAAACAAAUUAGUUGACUUUAUGGAUUGCUAAUUUGACGAAAAGAUGCAAUUUAUUCUGUUCUUGAGAUGAUCUUGUGGGAAAGUUGGUCAGUUCUGACUGUUCUGGGAGAGUUUUAUUUAACAGUGGUUUCUCUUUAUAGCGAUGAAUAUAUGCUUCCCUGUUAAUGAGAAAAGGAGGCUUGAUGGAAAAUAAAAUUGUCCUCGCUGGGUUCCAUGAUAGUUUGGAAAUAUCCUGAGGACAAAUAUGGCUGUGAAUUUUCCAGGCGCCAAAAUACAGUCAGUGGUCUUGCGAUCCUAAAAUCUAUUUUAAUUUUGUGGUAUUUCUUCUGUUAAUGUAUUUGAUGCAAUUUUCCCCUCUAGUUGACUGUUGAUGGUGCUUUCUUUGCUGUGACGUCGUUUUUAUUAUGGUCUGUUUGAAAUAUUUUUGAAUUCAUCCUUGUUUCUGUCAUCAUUGUCUAUAUGUUUGUUGACUUUUGUGAGAAGCUAAGAGCCAAUGCUGUGGGAAGUAUUCUAUCAAGAGCUCUAGUACUACUGGUAUCUUGAGAGACUCCAUUCACAGUUUAAUCAACUCUGUGAGAAGGUUUUGUUGAGAGCUAUAGACCCUAUUUUCUCCAAUACGAGACUAAUUAGAAUGAACUAGGAGAAACUGAUGCACAGGAAAACUUUAUGGUAGUUCAUUUUCCAUGUGAGUACUUCCAGCUUCCAUUAUAGUAUACCAUUGAGUUACAAGUUGUUCACGGUGAUGGCUGCAUAAAAAAUUCCCUUCUAUAUCUUGGGAAUCAGCAUUGACCUUACUUUGACAAAUACUGAAAAUACUCCCAUGUAAGAAGCAUUUUACAAGAAAAUAGAAAAUUUGGUUUAAAGACUCUAGUCCCAUGACUGCUGGAAGGGGGGUUUACCCGCUCCCCAACAUUCUUUCCAAACCACAUUGAGAAAUGACAGUUGACUGACCCUUGUGCGAACUCCAUGUAAGGGCAGUUGUUAGGCUCCACAUUGCUUGAUUAGUGUGAUCUUCUGAUCUUCAAUACUCAAGAUUUUUAGUCUUCAUACUGAGUAUCCAAGAACAGAAACCUCAUUCAAAAUGCUGAAUGCUUGAUUUAUUUUAAAGUUUAAUUUUGUCAUGUCAAUGAUUAGCAGCACACGUAGUUUUAUUUGCUUAAUAUACUACUGUUAUUUUAUUAAUUGAAUUAUUGUGAGAGAUAUUUGAAAUUGGGUUGAGUUUUAUUUGCAAUUGGUUAUGCCUCAUCUUGUCCUGUUAGGAUUGAGGACAAUUGAUAUCUCCCCUGAAAUCAUAUGUAUAUAUAAAAAUUCUGAUUGUUUACUAGUAUUCAACUUAUUAUUCAGGCUAUCCUUGGUGGAAAGAUCCAAGUACCAACUUUGUUGGGGAAGACGGACGUGAAGGUACGAUUUCUUGCAUUACCUUCAGUUUCUUUUAUUGGUGGCAUUCUUUGCUGGUUAUUUUAUAACUCUAUACGGAUGCUAAAACACUGAGGAAUUGCAACUGUGAAACGUAUUUUGGACCUUUUUCAGUGUGUGGCAUUGUGCAGUGCAUUAUGAAACAGAAAACAUGGCUGGUAUAAAGCAUCAACUCCUAGAUAAAACAGCCAUCUUUACUUUGAGAAAUAUUUGAGAUUAGCGAGAUUUUGAAUUGAUCUCUGCAGGAGUCUUAAGUUCCUAAAUUUGGCUGACUUAUAUUGUUUUCGCUUCCAUUUGUGCAUAUCAUAGAAAAGAUAUCGAUUUAUUUCGUAUCUCAAAGGUACACAAACAGGAAGGGUUUGUGUGCAUCUGUUGUAGUGGCACCAACUAAGAAGGAAAUUGAACAGCGGGUCUUAGAAGUAAGACUGUGCCUUAGAUUAUAACUUUUAAGCUAUUGCAUGAACUAUUAAGCCAUUGUCAUUCCUCUCAUUCUUACCUCAUGUAAAAAGGUUGAGAUAAUACUCAUUUUCUUCAUGUUUGACUAUAAUGUUUUUAAUGUAUUUUUGAAAAAAUGACUUAAAGUGCUUCAUUAUCUAGUAAAUUUUUGUGUUGCCAUUAGUAAUAGAAAUGUGAUUGUAUCGAACCCAGUUGGGUAGUUUUUUCCUUCGAAGAACUCUUGACUUAUUUUUUGAGCUUCUGAACUGGACAUUAGAAUAUAGUGUACUUCAGAUUUCGGAUUUUAUAUUUCUUCUUUCAUGUAUUUGAAUUUUUCUUUUUAAUGUAACUUCAGAGGAAAAUGUUCCAAUAAAAUGGUUGCUUCAAAUAUCUUAUUUACUACUCAGAUACCGAAAGGAGUCCAACCAGGGCAGCUGUUGGUCCUUAGAGGGAGAGGUAUAUCUGCUGAAGAAUUUACAUUAAGAGAUAUGCCAAAUGAACUACGACAGAUUUUAUUUUCUUUCACUAUAUUUCCUCCGUGUAACGAUGAAAUCGUACCAGGUUUGCCAAAGCGUCUUGGCUUUGUGGACCAUGGUGAUCAGUACGUGCGUUUCUGUGUAAAUUUUCCUCUGUAAGAUGCUACUUUCCUGGUGUAACAGUUUAUACGCUUUGAAUUUCUCCAAUUAUGACUGCCUGAUUUUUUUGCGAAUCAUAUACCCUCAUUGUUCUUCGUAACGUUUCCAUUCGAUCCCUUGCAUUGUGGAAGAGUGUGGAUUGGCAGUAGGGAGUAAUGUUUGGACCCAGCGGAGUGAUUCUGAAGCUUCGUUGAUUUAUCUAAUUGAAUGGGGCAAAGUCCAUGUUUUUGGAUUUAUAAAAUUGAGUAAUCAAAACCUUCCCAUCAUGGAAAAUCAGUGAAACACCAUACAAGCGUUCUAACAUAACAUAUUUCAACCACGCCAACACGAAAUAAGCUGCAUUGAUUGUCCAGGUUCCUUCUUCCUUUUCUCUGAUCUUUGUUCUCCAGUUCUGGCCUUUUUCUCUGCCUCUUGUUGCUGCUCACGACCACAGGAAGGUGAGGAUCCAGAGUCCCGCAGCUGGCCUGCUGCUGGUCCGUUCUUUUCUUAUCAGGCCAAUUCAGCCAUCCUUCUCCAUCUAUAGCGACAUUCUCUUUUCCAGCCUUGUUUGAUUGUUCCUCUUCUACUUCUGGUUCUUUUGCUAGUGGUGGGGAACUGGGUUUUCUUUUCAAUGUGAGGCUCCCAUGCCUUUUGUUUUCUCCCAUGCAUACAUACCUGAGCUGGUGGAAGAUAAAAUGAAUAUCCCCUUCCAUGAUUAUGCAUGUAUUUUUUUAUGGUAGAAUCUUUAGUCAAGUCAUAGUUUACAUCGUAACUCAGAUUUAUUUAUUUUUUUGUUUGAUCAAAUCAUAAUAUAUUAUAUGGUAGGUCAUUCGUCAAAUUGUUGAUGUUGCAUUUAUUUACUACUUGUAGAUCAGUGAACGACCGCCAGAAGUCCCUUUUGGAAGAGUUUGCAAAGGAGGAAGAGAUUAUUGAAAGAAAUGCAUAUGAAGAAACAAAAUGGUUAGUGUCUUAUGUUACUUGCCUGGCAUUCAAGACCCGAUUUAUUUCUGCUGACCUCUGACAGGCUCAUGCAUCUUGUCUAUGGAUAUGCACUUCAAUUAUGAAACUUUCUAUUGACAAGAUAGUUCAAUGCAUAGUUGCUCAGUUCUUUCUCACCUUACCCAUUCAUUCCACUGACUUCUAGUUGGCGAUCCCUUGUAUAUAACAUGAGUAGGUCACACAAGUCCCUAUGCACCAGAUAAGUUGCUAUGCUUUGUGCUGCUGUUAUCACCAUGGUCUAAUCACUGA